UGAAACAGAGUUAUUGGGAUUAACAAAUAACAAUACUAAUGUAUAUCUUCACAUUGUAGUAAAGUAUGACAUAAAAAGGAAGUCUUAGCAAAAAACUACAUAAUUGUUGCUGUAAUAUAUUAACUAGUUGGAGUCGUAGGUAAUCUAUAUGCACAUAUAUCGAAGGUAGCUGUGGGCUGAGCUUGGAAUCUUGCUAGUUAAACGUCAAAAAACAGAGGUAAACCCACAGUAUUGUUAUCACCUAAAGUUACCUAGAACCAUCCAUUCAUCAGCGUCUGCACUCACAUGUUUAGCUUUGUAGCGUGAGUAAAGCUCGUGCGUAUGAUCUCUGUUUGUGGAGUGUUAAUCUCCAUGUCCCUCCUCAAUCUAAACCCAUGCUUGAUUGUGGACGGGUGCAGGUUUCUUGGAAUGUUCUAAAUGGUAGUAGUUUAUGAUAUUUGCUUGAUCAAGACCAUCCAAAUUUGUCUUCCUUUGUUUUGAUCUUAAUGAGUUUCUUUUCAUUAUAUGUUAGCUCAUUAAAACAUUGACUAGUACAGUUCAACCCUCCUCUCUGCUUGAUUGCCAAAUCUUGUGCUAUUGUGCUUUUGCCCCAAACCUAUUCAAAUUGCAGAGUGCUUUCAAAAUCAAAGAAAAGAAAAUUUGGCCAAGUAUGCUUUGUCACCGAACAGAAUGAGAAACGAUAAACAAUAACCGCAAAGAGAGAAGAUCAAAAGCAGUUAAAAGGAGAAAGAAGGCAUGUGACAACAUUUUAUUUAAUCCAAAAAGAAGACAGAAACAUCUUUUGAAUUCUCUAUAAAUAAACUCCUAUAUUCUAUUCAUUUCGCCGACAUCUGUUUCAGCCAUCUCUUCUCCUUCAAGGACAUGGCAAGACUAGCCUUUUCCAUACUAGUUCUCUUCUUCGCCCUUUACAUGACUGGCAUAGCUGCAUCUGCUUCUACCAGAAAUUCAAGCCCAGCAGCCUACAUCGUGGCAUCAUGCAAAGCCACAAGGUAUCCUGCGUUAUGCGUCCAAUGCCUGUCAGGUUAUGCUAGUGAGAUUCGACAAGAUGAGCAACACCUUGCUCGAACUGCCUUAUCAGUCAGCCUAUCCAAGGCUCAAUCAGCUGCGGCUUUUGUUGCCAAGAUGACUCAAGUGAGGGGCAUCAAGCCUAGAGAGCGUCAAGCUGUGAAAGACUGCAUAGAAAACAUGGGCGACGGUGUAGACCGACUUAGCAAGUCAGUCAAGGAACUCAGCCAUGUGGGACGAGCUGUGGGUCAGGACUUCAUGUGGCACAUGAGCAACGUGCAGACAUGGGUCAGUGCUGCACUAACAGAUGAGAAUACUUGCCUUGAUGGCUUUGCAGGCCGUGUCAUGGAUGGAAACAUCAAGACUGCAAUAAGGCGCAGGAUCGUCAAUGUUGCUCAAGUUACUAGCAAUGCACUUGCAUUAGUAAAUCGCUUUGCAGCAAGACACCGAGCUGCUGCACCUACUGAGGAGCGUUAGGUUCACUCUGGAAGAUCUCUGGUUAAUGUAUAAAAAUGUUAUUGGCGUCUCUAAGUAAGGUUUGUGCCUGUCUGGAUCCUGUCUAAAAGGUCUCAGCCUGCUUGGAUUGUAUGUAACUAUAUCAUAUACAUAUCAACUUCAGGUCAAAUGCUAAAACACUCCUGCUUGCCUUGUAUGACAGUAAAGUUCUGUUUUCUGUAUAAUGGAAUUAAGCUUAAAUGAACUAUUUCUUCUUUUUU